AUGAAAGAUAACCAUGAAAACCAUUUACCUAACCAUCCUAAAUUAUACAUGUGGCGACUACAAGAUAAUCUUAAUGAUUAUGAUACGGGAGGAUUUAUGAAAUUCAAGCUUUACGGAAAUACAAAAUCACGACCGCUACCAGAAGAGAAAUUACGCAACAGUUUUGUUGGCUAUGUGGACUAUUUACUUUACUGCUUCAGUUUGACCGCAAGUCUCGCCAACUUAACAAGAUUCCCGUACUUAGCAUACUCACACAAUGGAUGCUCGUUUGUGGUCAAAUUCUUGAUUUUGGUCGUACUGAUCGGCAUCCCGUGGUGUUUCAUGGAAAUCGCCGUGGGACAGUAUUCGGGCAGAGGUCCGACGGCGAUCGGCGACAUGGUGCCCAUCGGCAAAGGUGCGGAAAGUCCGGCAGUCGGACUUUGUUGGUCUAGAUGUCUAUUUUACAUGUAUUGGUCGUUACCCGAAUCCGAUGACCUGCCGUGGAAGCAUUGCAUUUCCGCCAACGACUCGUUAUGCUUAUCCGACGACAGGAAACUGGGACUGUGCACCGAAUGCAAGACGAUCGGUCUCGAUUUAAGCGUGCCAGCUGAGAAUUUCUAUCUGAAUGAAAUUGUAAAGAUGGACAAAAGCAUUCUCUACGGUGGAAUCGGUAAAUUCAACGUACCAUUAUUGUUUUGUCUUGUAAUUUCAUGGAUGAUCAACUACCUAUUGCUCAUUGCAUCCAACGACAUCAUGAAAUACGUGCAGAUAUUCGGUUCCAUUGCUCCGUUUACUUUGCUGGCGUUUGUGUUGUUCUUCAUAAUGACGGAGAAUGAAGCAUGGGGUGGUUUUAAUUUGCUGUUUGACACGAGUACGAUCGACUUUUUAGAUCUUCAGGUUUUUGAUGUUCAUGAUUCAUCUGAUCUGUGGAAAUAA